AUGCGCUCCUUCUACUCUCUGAUAGGCGUGGCUGGCGACAGCUUCUCGCUGCCUUUUACCACGUCCUGGGCUUUUGGACCACUCGUUCUCGCCGUCGUGCGCAUCGUCUUCUCGCUCUAUGCCUUCAUUGCCAUCUUCGUCACCUACGGCACACAGCCAUGGGGCAUCGGACGAUCCUUCUCCUUUUUUACCGAACUCACAUACUGGGGUCUCGCGUUCUACACCUUGGUAGCGGGAGCACAUACCCUAGUAUAUGCCCUGCGCGGAAGAUGCUGGCUUGACAGCUGGCCAAGACCGCUCCAGGCACUACAUACCCUGUUCUACACCACGAUCAUCACCUUCCCCUUCUUGGUAACGAUUGUAUACUGGGCAAUCCUGUACAACGGAAGUUGGUUUCCGGAAUCACUUGAUCAGUGGCGAGAUGUAUCGAAACACGGCCUCAAUUCACUGAUUGCUCUCGUGGAGCUCGUUUUCCCUGACACACCGCGGCCUCCCGUCCUCCAUCUGGCGUUUAUUAUCCUUUUGCUUGCGCUGUACCUCGCACUUGCCUAUGUAACUCACGAAACCCAAGGGUACUAUCCUUAUGCCUUUCUCGACCCUGCAGAUGGAGGAGGAAGAUUGGCAGGAUAUAUCCUGGGCAUCCUGGCUGCCGCGUGCGUUAUCUUCUUCAUCGUCUGGGCAAUAGUAUGGCUCCGCAGCAAAUAUACGCCGGCGGGAAAGCGUUCCAAGUACGACGUACCCAGGCCCACUGGACGAGAUAUAGAAAUGAGCUACGGCAGCUCCAGGAAAUAA